AUGACUUCCCCUUUCUUCCAGAACCCAUCAUCAGAUUGGGAUAUGUUGCAGGAGCCUUCAGAAAUUUUGUUCGAAUCAUUAUCAAGCAAUAAUGCCGUUCUUGACCCUAUUCAAGAUUCUCUUUCCUUCGAUAUGGUUGAUUUCUCUACGGCACCAGCACAAGGAAAUCACAACCAAUUGGUGGUGAAACAAGUGCAGAAUAAGGAAAAGUCAUACAUCGGUGUGAGGAAACGGCCUUGGGGGAAAUUUGCAGCAGAGAUCAGAGACACAACCAGGAAUGGCUCAAGGGUUUGGCUUGGAACCUUUGACAGUGCAGAGGCUGCUGCGUUAGCCUAUGACCAAGCUGCAUUUUCCAUGAGAGGCCAUAAUGCUGUACUCAAUUUUCCAGUAAAAACGGUGAAAGAGUCUUUGCAAGAGAUUCAAUAUAGCUUCAGCAAUGGAUCUUCUCCCGCACUUGCACUCAAGGAGAGGAACUUCAUCCAGAGAAAAUUGUCAUCAAGGGCCAGAAAAUGUAAAGGGAAAGAGACAUCAGAAGCAGCAACACCAAGUGUUGUGGUGUUAGAGGACUUGGGAGUUGACUAUCUAGAACAACUUCUAAGCAUGUCUGAUCAAAGUGCAAGCCCUAGCAACUUCAAUUAA